AUGCAAUCACAAUUAGAAUCCGAUAAAUUACAUUCACAAAUUAAACCAACUCGAAACAGUUUUAUAACAACAGAUCGUCCAGAUACGGCACAGUUGGUUGAUCUACAUGUGUAUAUAAUUCCAAAAUCUGUUUGGAAAGAACGUCAACAUUUAGCACAAAAUGAGGCCAUUGAUGAUGCUAUAUCAGCGGGAUUUGUGCAUGUACCUCAAAAUAUGCACAUUCAAGAUUUAAGAAAACAAAUUGAACAAUUAUGUGGAAAUGAAGAUUUUUUUCCAAAAGAUUUUAUUGUUUUAAGAAGUGUAGGAAGAUGUAUGACAAGAGUUAAACCACGUCAAGAAAUCGAGUUAAGAGUGAAGAAUUUUCGUCCACCUCAGACAUUUGCACCAGAAAUAUUUCUUCUGGAAGGUCGUCAUGAAGAUUAUACUCAAACACCUUCUGCUUCUCCAUCGUUGAGCUCUGUAAGUUAUUUGUUUGGCAAUCGAACUCAACGGACGCCGAGUCGAAUGUCAGGUCAACAUCAAAGUCAAUCACCCGUAAAAUCGAUUGUACGAUCAGGUCUAGAGAACGAUUGGUCAACCACCCAUAACGAAAAUUCUCACCAGCCUAACCAACAGCAGCAACGAGUUAGGACCAAGUAUCCACAAAUAGGUGAAUCAGAAGUCGAUGAUGUUUCAGCAACAGAAAUGGCUAAAUUAAAAGAAGAACAAGAACGUUUGCGUCGUCGUCAAGCUGAAUUAGAUCGUAUGCGAAGAGAAGCUGAGGAGAAAAAGCGUAAAUCUGAUCGUGAUGAAGAAGAACGACGUCGAAAAAACCAAGAAGAAGCAGCAAUUAAAAUUCAGUCAUCUUAUAGAGGAUUUAAAGACAGAAAGACGACAAAUGAAUUAAAACGAAGAGUAGAUUCUGAACAUCCUUAUCGUCAUGAUAAUGGAACAACGACAAAAAAUCAAUCAACUCCACGAAAUCAAUAUGAACAAUCAGUUACUGUUAGAUUAGUCAAUAAUACAAAAAUAAUCCCAACCCGAAAUCGAUUUAUAACCUCGGGUGGUUUCCUCGUUGGACGUUUCUGUUUAAAACAAAAUAAAUUAAGUAAUGGACACGAUUUAAAAAAUGUUAAAGAUACUGACGAUAAUUACAUCAGUCCAUUUGAUCCACUUGUAUCUUCAAUUCAAAUUUAUCGUGCACCUACUACUACUACUACUACUACUACUACUAUUGAUAAACAUGGACAAAAUUCUUCUCCUUCUUCUUCUUCAUCAUCAACUACACCAUCGACAACAUCAUUUUCACAAACAUCAAAACGAAAUAAAAGUUUUCCAUAUAUUAAGUCACCUAUUGAAAGUCCUAUACCAUUGCCAUCAAUUCGUCGACAUUCACAAGAUAAUCAUGAAGAAUCAAAUAAUUAUUAUACUCGAAAUCCUGAUCUAAUGAUUGAAUCUGAACCAUCUAAACAACAGGAAAAAAAGAGACGUUUAAUUAAACGACGAUCAUCAAAUAAUGAUAAAUAUCGAAAACAUCAAACUGAUUUAUCUUCUACAUCUUCAUCAUUUGAUUAUGAUUACAAUUUAGAACAUAAACGACCAAUAAUUAAUUCAAAAAAUGAUAAUAAUGAUGAAAAUGCUGAUACACGAUCAUUAACAGUAAUAAAAAAUGUUUAUGAAGAUAAACAUAAUCAAAAAUUGUCAAGUGAUGGUGAAGAACAAACAACAACACCGACUAUGGAAAAAAUACAGAAGAAAAAUCAACACAACGGUAACGAAUCAUCAAAUAAUGACAAUGAGAUUGAACGUGAAAGACAACUACGUGAUAAAGAAGAAGCAAAACGUCGUAAACGAGAAGAAGAAGAACGAAAACGACGAGAAUUAGAUGAACAAAAACGUAAACAAGUAUUAAUUGGACAAAAAAAGAAACAACAAACAGACGAUCGUAAAUAG